CGGAGCUAUGGCUCGGGACUUCUUCAAUCAGUCUGUCAAUCGGGGUCCGACUGCUGGCUCGCUGCAUCGGUAGAAUAAAGAGGCUUCGAACAAGAGCCUGCCAGUGAUGACUGUCCCACCCAUGAUGGAGGAUCCUGUUCAGAUUGGGGAGGACAAGUAUAUUCCCAAGAAGGAGCUCCUGGGACACUUGAAGACGUACAACUAUUACCAUGAAGGACAGACUGCACAGCUCCGACACAGGGAGGAGGAGGAGGAGCUGAUUAUCGAGGGUCUCCUGAACAUCUCGUGGGGAUUGCGGCGGCCAAUCCGGUUACAGAUGCAGGAUGACAAUGAGCGUAUCCGGCCGCCACCCUCGUCAACCUCCUGGCACUCGGGAUGCAGUGUGGAAGCACAAAGGCCAUCUAAACUGACGUGGGUGCUGCCAGACAUCAAGGUGGAGGAGUCAGAGAGUCCGCCCGAGACCAGUGCUUCAGUUGCGCCCAGCGACACUAACACGCAGGACGGCAGCUCCGGUGACACGGGCAGCUCGCAGCUGAUGCGGACAAAGAGCGACGCUGGAGUUCUGCGGAGAGACAAGUUACGGUCGCCAAGUGACCAACGGCGAAUCAGACGCCACCGGUUCUCUAUCAACGGCCACUUUUACAACCACAAGACGUCUGUCUUCACUCCAGCCUUUGGCUCUGUCACGAACGUUCGGGUAAACAGCACCAUGAGCACUGUUCAGGUUCUCAACUUGCUCCUCAACAAGUUUAAGAUCGAAAACAGCUCUGAUGAGUUUGCACUUUACAUAGUCCACACCAGUGGAGAGAGAACAAAAUUGAAGGAUUUGGACUACCCUCUCAUUACCCGCAUUCUUCAGGGACCUUGUGAGGCUAUAGCCAUCUUUCUGAUGGAGAAGGACCUGGGGGAAGAAGUCACGUAUGAUGUUGCCCAGUACAUCAAGUUUGAAAUGCCAGUGCUUCAAAGUUUUAUCGUAAAGUUGAAAGAAGAGGAAGAUCGUGAAGUGAAAAAGUUAACACGCAAGUACUCAGUGAUGCGUGCAGUUAUCGAGACACGUGUACAGGAGCUGACGGAGUCCUGGGCACAGAUGUGAGAUUCAUUCUAGCUGAUGGAAUGACUUGCUACGAAGU